UCAAUCCGUGAGAAACCUUUACCGCGAUAAGACGUGUCUGUGCCGGUUAGUUCGGGGUUCGUGGUCUUUGGUCGCGUUCAACAGCUUCAAGGGACUGCAGAAGAAAACGCUGCCCAGAAGAGAAAGAAAAGAAAGAUUUUUUUUUCUCGUGUUACGACUUGGUCGCCGUAUUCGUCGUCUUGUACGUGGGUUCCUCGCGGAACCAAUCGACAGAGAUGUGGUGAAGAGGGCAAGUCUCGAAGCUUUCUUUGGGGUCUUUAGGCAGCUGUGAAGGAAUGUGUUUGAGGUAUUUCGUGCUGGCCUGAAUUGGUUGCGGAUUUUGGGCACUUUCUACAGGACGGCUGAGCGUCCUUGAUCCUGAUUCCGUGAUGUGUGAUGUGUGCAACUUGUCAUUCAGCUGGAAAGUGUCAAGUGAUGAUCUCAGUUGAGACGUGGUGAUUCAAGGGUCUCGAAUCCGUGUUCAAAAGCAGCAAAAAAGAAGAUUGUGCAACGUAAACUGGUGUCCGAGAAUUUGCGUUCGUGUUGGUGUCCAAGAGAGUCACUUCGUCGUACAGCUCUGGUCAAUGGCAGGGGGUUGUAAGAAAACGCUCAACCAGCAGCACUAGGCAUACACAAAAAAAUGGCUUAGGAGAGGUCACCCUGGGUUAGCCAGCUCGAUUUCCUCUCACCGUGCAUGAAAGUGUCCCCUGGUGUUUGUGUGUAUGUGACGGUGUAUUGAUCACCAUUUGUUUGAGAAACGACGUUUGAAGGAAACCGCACAACCAGCAAGUAGUGAAUAAACCAUCGUCGGAAGCCACAGCAUCCGCUAAGCCACUUUGCAAGUAAUGGCGGCAGUACGGCUGAAAGAAACAACGACUGCGAGGAGGAUGUCGAUCGGACAACUGGUUUCGGUGACCGUACUCUGCACGUUGAUUCUUGUGGCGUGCGUUGAAUGUCAGAUCAUCAACCGAACGCCGCACUUUAUCCCCAGCUCCGGCGACAUGUCUCGGUUCAGCCUACCGGAGAACACUCCAGUCGGUAGCGUCGUGUACCAGCUGAGAGGCGUUGACCCCGAGGGAAGUAAGCUACGUUACAGCAUAUCCGGACCGGUAUUCAGCGUGGAUCGCGACACCGGUGUCGUCCGGUUGCGGCAGUCCCUUGAUCGCGAGCUGCAGGACAGCGUGGAAGUGAUCAUCAGCAUAACAGACGAAGGUGUACUGGGAACCGAACCGAACACCGUAUCGCUGAGGCGUGAAAUUCCGAUUCGUGACUUCAACGACAACGCCCCGACGUUCAUUGGUCGACCCUACAGUGCCAAGAUGAGCGAGUCCACCAAGCCGGGUGCGAUCGUAAAGAUCACUCCGGACAUCAUCGUAACCGACCUGGACGAGGGUAUGAACGCAGAUGUGAAACUGUCCUGCUAUCUUGACCCCACCAAGGAAAAUGACGAUAUUUGCGAGGUGUUUGAGGUAAAGACUGAAAAAAUUGCUCAAGGAAAGUAUAGCGCCUCGAUCGUGCUGAAGAAAACGCUGGAUUUCGAGACUAGACCUUCGUACAUCCUGAGCAUCCAAGCCAAGGACGGAGCUAUUACCAAUCCCCUCAAAUCGUACGCCUCCGUUGCCAUAACGAUCAUGGACGUCCAAGAUCAACCACCGGUUUUCAUGAAUGCUCCCUAUUCUGCCUCAAUCCCGGAAAACACCCCCGAAGGUACGGUCGUCCUCACGAUCAACGCUACCGACGGUGACACCGGUAGUCCGCGACCGAUCGUUCUCUCGUUGGAGAACGAAUCCAUGGGUCAUUUCAAGCUUCGAUUCAUCGGCAAUCCACGGGGAGGAGUGGCCGAACUCGUAACCACCGAUCAUCUGCUAGACCGAGAGAACCCCAAAAUCAUUCAAAACGGCGGAGCCUACACGUUCUCGGUUCGAGCCACAGAACUGAUCAACAACGAGCUACCCGGAGACAGCACCAGCUCUCAAAUAACAAUCGUCCUGACGGAUGUCGACGAUCACAUACCGGAGUUCAACAAACCCUCUUUUGUGGUUUCCAUCCCGGAAAACCUCGAACAUGACACUCCGCUGCCCGAUCUUGCGAUCAUCGUCACCGACAUGGACCUCGGUGCCAACAGUAGAUACUCCCUGUCGCUUAGAAAUAUCCGGAACUCGGAAGGGGUCUUCGCCGUAGCACCCACCCAUGGUGAAGGACGGACACCGAUCGUGGUGAAGGUGCUGGACACUUCGAAGCUGGACUACGACGUGCCAGAUGUAGACCAACGAGUGUUCGUGUUCGACAUUGUUGCUUCCGUCGAUGGGGUGGAAAAGUCUAAAACCGAAGUAACUGUUCAGCUUCAGGAUGCGAAUGACAAUUCACCGAUAUUCCCCCAGAACAACUAUAAUCUGCAAGUUAAGGAGAACUCUCCCAAGGGUUUCAGAAUAGCAGACAUAACAGCAAUCGAUCAAGACACUGGAAUGUUCGGCAAACUGUCAUACGCCGUGAAAGGCUUCGGCGCGGAGUAUUUCUACACCGAUCCUCAGAAGGGUGGAGUCUUCGUCAACCUUAACCUGGACUACGAAGAACAGAAGAGUUACAGCUUGGCGCUGGUCGCUACCGACGGCGGAGGACGUGAAACAAACGCCAACUUGCUGAUCGAUAUCAUGGACGUCAACGACAACUACCCAACCUUCGAAUCGCUAGAAUACACGCGCACAAUCCGGGAAGGUGCAACGGAAUUCGAACCGCAGUUUAUCGUGCACGCCAUGGACUUGGAUGGUCCCCAGCAAGGAGGUGGCAAGGUCACGUACUCAAUCGAGUCCGAAAACAGCAUCUCCGGUCACGUGUUCACCGUAGAUCAAAACACGGGGGAGAUCAGAAUAACUCGUCCCGUCAACUCGAUGGACACCGAACGCGGUCAGUACGAGUUGAUCGUGUCUGCAAUGGAUCACGGCGUACCACCACUAAAGAAUGACACUCGGGUGUUGGUCAGGGUGGGAAUCUCCGGCAAUCAGCGACCAAUCUUCAAGGGACUGUUUGCGAAUGGGAAGAACGACAUUCCAGGACCACCCAGCUAUCGAGUCAGUAUACCGGAGAAUGCUCCCGCUGGGUUCGGCGUGACGAACGUGAGUGCAACCGACCCGGAUGGAAUCGAUGAUCUGCUGAUGUACAAGAUUGUCGGCGCUAGCGAUAACUUCGAGAUCAAUGACCACACCGGUGAAAUCAAGGUCGCCCGCGAUGCCCGCCUCGAUCGGGACACGAACCCGGAAAGCUACACGAUCGUCGUGAACGCCAUCGAUGCGGGAUUCCCCAUUCCGGAAACGGCCACCACAACGGUUCACGUGAAGAUCCAGGAUGUCAACGAUAAACCGCCCAAGUUUACCCAGCAAUCGUACACGGCGUACGUUUCCGAACGCAGCAGCAUCGAUUCCGAGGUACUGCGAGUGACGGCCACCGAUACCGACAUGAGUGCGAGAAUUUUGUACUCGAUCGUCGAUCCGAUUACUGCGAAAACCAAGUCCGGUAUUCCGCUGCUGACGACGACGCCGUAUGACUUCAAGACUGCCUUCAGGAUCAGUGAAGACGAGGGUGUUAUCUACGUGAAUAAUACGUUGGACUACAACUAUGCUGCCGUUAUCACGUUGACGGUUCGUGCGGUUGAUGUUAGUGCAGAGUACAAUGUGGAUAUGCAGGAAGAUCGUGCUGAGGUAACUCUGUACGUGCAGUCGUUCAAGGAUACUAAUCCGCUAUUCAAGAAUAAGGGAUGGAAUACCGUGCGGCCAAAGAUUGAAGUCAAGGUGAAGGAAGAGAUGCCCCUUGGCAGUGUGGUCAUGAAGGUCGAAGCGGAAGAUCCGGUGGCAGAUGUGCCGAUUACAGAUUUUGAACUAGUCAUGCCGGACGUUGAUGGAUACUUUAGUUUGAACGAAAAGACUGGCGAUGUUAUACUGAACAAACGGUUGGACUAUGAAACUGCUAACAAAACGCACAUUGACUUUGUGGUUCGUGCCAUGACGAGUAGUCGUAAGAGAGAAUCCUUAGCCUAUAUUAACGUAACGGUAGAGAAUGUAAACGACAACGCGCCGGUGUUUGAGAAGGAGAUCUACCGAGUUACGGUCAUGGAAUCUGAUCGUUAUCCUCAUCAGGUGAUUACAGUUCAAGCACACGAUAGCGAUGCCAUAUUGACGGAGAAGGAUCACCUGCUCGGAUACAACUCGCUAUCGUACAGUUUAGCUGGAUCUCACGCCAACUUGUUCACGAUCAACAACAGGACGGGUGAGAUCGCCAUAGCCCCCGGUCAAACCUUGGAUCGUGAGAAGCAGUCGGUGCUGAAGCUUUCGGUCAUCGCUGAAGAUUCUCCGGGAAAGACCGCCGACGCAAAGCGUGGCUACGCCGAGGUCAUUGUCGACGUUCUGGAUGUAAACGACAAUGCACCGCAGUUUGGCCAAAAGACGUACACGGCCGUGAUUCCGGAAAAUGUCCUCGCGGACACUUUCGUGAUCGCCAUAACCGCCAACGACCCCGACGAAGGGCCCGGCGGAGAGGUUCGGUACGAUUUCUUGAACGAAGGGGAAGCUAAUGGUUUACUCCAGAUGAACACCAAAACGGGAGAAAUCAAGACCAAAGUGCUGCUCACCGGUAAAGGUCGUUCGGAGCCGUACGAAAUGAUCAUCCGCGCCCAGGACAACGGAAGUCAGCUGCCGAAGCAGCGCUCACUGUACAGUGACGUCACGUUUACGCUAUACAUUGGCGAUAUCAGUGCCAACGAUGGAAUUCCCUUCUUCAUUGCGCCCAAAGUGGGACAAAUAGCCAACGUGACCGAGAAUGCCACAAUAGGCGCACCGGUAUUUCAAGUUAUUGCUAGUGAUCCUGACAGUCCUGCCACCCCAAGUGGAACGCUGAGGUUCCGUAUUCAGUCGGAUAUUGAGGAUGCUAAAUCGUUUAAGAUUGACGCCAAAACUGGAUUGAUUUCAACUACAAAGUCGCUUGAUCGGGAGUCCAAAUCCAUGUAUAAUAUCAUCAUCGAGGUUAGCGAUAUGGGUGAACCACCGCAGGCUUCCACGAUCGUACUCAGGAUCAACGUUCUGGAUAUCGACGAUCAUCAACCUAGGUUCGUACGGGAUGUCGACGCGCAACCUAUUGAGAUGAUGGUCCUGGAAGAACAACCUGCCGGGUCAAUAGUUGGAAACCUUUCUGCUCUCGACGAAGAUGUCAACGAAAAUGGAGCGAUAGAUUACGAGUUUAUCGAUGGUAAUGAGCUGGGAUUGUUCCGAAUCUCGCGAACGGAGUCAAAUGCGGCCAUUAUCACCACUACAAAAUCACUCGAUCGGGAACAAAUGGAGUACGUGAGUCUGACCAUCAAGUGCUUCAAGCAUCAAACCAACCCCUCUCCCGUCGUAACGAGCUACAACAAGUACGACAAAUCCGAGCAGAGAAUACUAAUUCACAUCGUUGACAUUGACGAUCAUUUGCCGCGGUUCGAGAAAGAAAACCAAACCAUCGGAAUUCGGCACAAUGUGCCAAUUGAUACGCCAAUUGUGUCGUGCAAAGCGCGGGACGAAGAUUCCAACGCGGCUCCCAUCGUUUACAGCUUGGAGAAAAUUGCUUUCGUUCCUCAGUUUUACUACCGAGGCAACCAAACCGAUAACUUCACCGAUCUGUUCAAUCUGAACAACCUCACCGGUGAGCUACGAACAACUCGCAGCAUGUCGGACCAUGUCGAUGGAUUCUUCCAGGUCACCGUUAGAGCUAUUAAUUCGCCCAACCCAGAACGUGCCACGUACAACUUCCUCAAGAUAUUCGUAAUCCGCGAUAAAUCCCUCCUGAGAUUCGUCUUCUCCAAACCACCCUCCGAGAUCAACAGCAUUCUACCUAGUUUCGCCUCCGAGCUUCAAGCAAAACUGCACGAAUCGAACCUGGAACUGUCCGUGUUCGAUGCUCAAGUCCUCGCAAAACCAGAUCACAGCCUAGAUUUCACCUCCACAAGCUCCUGCUUCCAACUGUCCCGCCACGGAUCGGCGAUUCCGCCCCAGGAGAUGCUCAGGAUCAUGGAUCGGCAGGAGAUUAAGGACGCGCUGAUAGAAACCUAUCUGAAGUACUCCGUGCAUAAGAUUGAUUCUUGCUCAAUUUCGAGAAAGCCACCGACGGCAGCGCUGAUCGCAUCGUCCGGAACGUGGCUCGUGAUCCUGGCGGGAUUGAUUGGAUUCGCGGCGUUUGCCUCCACCAUGACUGCGUGCUGUUUGGCUAGGAGGUACAAAAACCAAAUCCGGACCUCGUCGCUAUCGCAUCGCAUCUCCGGAUCGGACAUUUACGGUAGUGCCACCCCGGUUCUGUACACCGAACCCAUCUACGGUGCCCUGUAGCAGCUACAGUAACAUCUUCCAAGCGACACCUGUUUCAGCAGAAAUCGCAUAUAGUCUGUGUGUUUGUGUACAAACCAAGUCAACUCGCGCAACAAGUCAUAGGAGGAAUGUCGCGCGAGAAAAAACAAAAAAAAACCUAUGUGUAACAUAAUCUUACGUGCGCGCAUUCUGCGCAAUUGUCCCGUUGGGGCGCGGAGAGGCCAUUAUCAUGGCCAUGCCCCAAACUGCGACGCUGAACGUAAAACAAUUCGCAAAACUUCUUGCCUUUAGGAGAAAUGAAACAAAAGAUUAUUUGGCGCAAACGGCACGCCAUAACCUCGACGCGCGCGACCGGCUGAGUAGAGUUUAAGUUUUGGCUAAAAACGCGAGCUAAACGGCCGUUUGUAGUUAGGAGAAAGCUAUUUAUUUUUUGCUGUAACAUGUAGGAAAUCUGAGUGAAUGUUAUGCAACAGGUGAAUGCGAAACGUGAGCGCACGAACGCAACGCGCAGAACGUGUGCUAGAAUGAGUCCGAGAAUUUGUGUUGAUGUAAAUAGGAAAAACUAAACAAGUAACAAUAAAGAAGUUGAAUUUUUAA